AUGAAUAGCAUAGGAGAGAAUUGCAAUGAGCUGAAGCGCACUUACGAUGCGUGCUUCAAUAGUUGGUUUGCCGACAAGUUCCUGAAGGGCAGCACGGAUGAAUCCCAGUGCGAACCUCUCUUCAAGGUCUACCAGCAAUGUGUGAAGACGGCGAUGAAGGAGCAGCAGAUUGAGAUUGGAGAAGUCGAGGCGGACCAUUUAGGGUCCGAUAAGGAGUACAAACCACCGCCGGGAAGCUCCUCGAGUUGACAUCUAUUCUCC